UAUUUGUACUACAUUUACAGUACAUGAAAAUCUUGCCACUAAAUCCUUCGGUUGGGUUUGGUAACCCCUGCUUGCUUUAUAUAGAAACUAAGCAAUUGUUUCCCAAACUGCGAAUUCUUUGAAUCGCUGAUUUUGGGGGUCAUCUUGGUUCAGAUUUUGAAUUGAAUGCCCUGUUUUAUUACAUUCAAUUGAGAAUUUUGGCUUUUCCCUUGUUCUGGGGCUUGUGGCUUGUUCAUUGUCCUUUGGGUGUUUUACACUAUAUUUGGAUGUUUGGGAUAUCUUGUUGUAUUUGCAGCUUUUUGCGGGUCAACUAUCAAAGGUCAGAAAUGAGCUCAUUAUUGUGUUGUUCAUAUGAGUUUGAAGAACCAGAUUUGAGGCUGUGUGCAAGAUUUUUUUCCAAGGUCUGGUCUUUGCUGAGAUUUUAUCCCACUGCCAUUGGGAACAUGAACAUGGAAGAGAUGAAGGAGAUUGAGAGAGUUGAGAGACAAGAUUCAGAAGAGAUGAACAAUGAACAAGAGGAGUUGAAGAGGAUUGCUCCUUGGAUGAAACAGAUAACCAUUCGAGGACUGGUUGCUAGCCUUCUCAUUGGGAUCAUAUACAGUGUGAUAGUGAUGAAACUCAACCUCACAACAGGGCUAGUACCCAACCUCAACGUCUCGGCUGCUCUUCUUGCCUUUGUAUUUAUUAGGUCUUGGACGAAGCUGCUUCAAAAGGCUGGAAUUGUUUCAACUCCAUUUACCCGACAAGAGAAUACCAUAAUUCAGACCUGUGCGGUUGCUUGUUAUAGUAUUGCUGUUGGAGGUGGUUUUGGGUCUUAUCUAUUGGGUUUAAACAGGAAGACAUAUGAGCAAGCAGGCAUUGGUACAGAAGGCAAUAAUCCUUGGAGCAUCAAGGAACCUGGGAUUGGUUGGAUGGUUGGUUUUCUCUUUGUGAGCUGCUUUGUUGGUCUUCUGGCAUUAGUUCCACUAAGAAAGAUCAUGAUAAUUGACUACAAGUUGUCUUAUCCAAGUGGAACUGCUACUUCUGUUCUCAUUAAUGGAUUUCAUACUCCUAAAGGAGACAAGAUAGCUAAGAAACAGGUUCAUGGGUUUGUGAAUUUCUUUUCACUUAGUUUCCUCUGGGCCUUCUUCCAGUGGUUUUAUGCAGGUGGAGAUAAAUGCGGAUUUGCUCAGUUUCCUACAUUUGGUUUGAAAGCAUGGAAAAAUUCGUUUUACUUUGAUUUCAGCAUGACUUACAUAGGAGCAGGAAUGAUAUGUUCACAUCUUGUAAAUUUAUCUUUGCUUCUUGGGGCAGUGCUUUCUUGGGGAGUAAUGUGGCCACUAAUAGGUGGGCUCAAGGGAGAGUGGUUCCCUGCAACUUUACCAGAAAGCAGCAUGAAGAGUCUAAAUGGUUACAAGGUUUUCAUUUCUAUUGCUUUAAUCCUAGGCGACGGGCUCUACAAUUUUCUGAAGAUACUAUUUUUGAUUGCUAGAGGCAUUCAUACCAAUGUGAAAGUUAGAAGCCUUAAAACAUUUUCCCAUGAUCAGAAGCAGCAACAGAUCGAUCUUCAACGGAAUGAACUAUUUGUAAGAGAGAACAUUCCAAUUUGGGUAGCAUGUGCAGGGUACACCAUUUUUUCAAUCAUUUCCAUCGUUGUAAUCCCUCUAAUGUUCCCUGAGCUGAAAUGGUACUAUAUAGUUGUUGCUUACAUUCUCGCACCCUCUCUAAGUUUCUGCAACGCUUAUGGUGCUGGUCUAACUGACAUGAACAUGGCCUAUAAUUAUGGAAAAGUAGCCCUCUUUGUGCUAGCUGCCAUGUCCGGAAAGGAAAAUGGUGUGGUUGCUGGACUUGUUGGUUGUGGACUGAUUAAGUCCAUUGUUUCUAUCUCUUCCGAUUUGAUGCAUGAUUUUAAGACUGGUCAUUUAACUCUCACUUCUCCAAGAUCCAUGCUUGUCAGUCAGGCAAUCGGAACUGCCAUUGGCUGCGUUGUAGCUCCUCUUACAUUCUUUCUCUUCUAUAAAGCUUUCGAUGUGGGGAACCCUGAUGGUGAAUAUAAAGCACCAUAUGCUCUCAUUUAUCGAAAUAUGGCAAUUCUAGGUGUGCAAGGCUUCUCGGCACUACCCCACCACUGUUUGCAGCUCUGCUAUGGGUUUUUUGCCUUUGCCAUAGCAGCCAACUUGUUGAGAGAUUUUAGCCCUAAAAACAUUGGGAAAUGGGUUCCACUUCCAAUGGCAAUGGCCGUGCCUUUCCUUGUCGGUGCUUAUUUUGCUAUUGAUAUGUGUGUGGGGAGUUUGGUCGUGUUUGGAUGGUACAAGCUGAAUGGCAAGAAGGCUGAUUUGAUGGUUCCUGCUGUUGCAUCCGGCUUGAUUUGCGGAGAUGGCUUGUGGCUUCUUCCUUCAUCUAUUCUUGCUUUGUUUAAGGUUCGUCCUCCAAUCUGCAUGAGCUUUUUCGCAUCGACAUAGACUUAGUUCCGAAGACAUAUAGAGGUAGAAAAAAAUCACAGGCUUUGUUAGCUACAUUUAACAUAAAUCGAAUGUAGUAGUUGGAUAUGCAUUCAACUUAUUACAAACCAGUAUAGUGUCCAAUACACAAGCUGUCUUUGAGUGCUAGGUAAAAGGCAACAUUUGAGACACGCACACACACAAUCACACACGCAUAUAUAUAGAUCUCUAAGCUGGUCUAAUUUGACAUGCAAUUAUUUGAGGUUGAAGUGGCAGGAAUAGUUAAUUUUGAUGUAUGUCAGUAAGAAAAACAAAAUUGUAAUAAGAAGUCAGUUUAGGUGAAGAAUAAACAUCAACAUCCCAUAAAUGAUUUAGGAUAUGUAACCUUGCUUUCUAUUUUUAGUUGUAUUGCUGGAUAAAA